CUAUAAUUAUUGAUCAUAAAGCAUUCCCAAUCCAAGACAAAUCACCAAAACAGGUGGUUAAUUUCCCAUUUCCAAAAAAGAUGAUUACAGAAUCUAAUUCAAAAGACAUCAGAGAAUAUCUUGCAAGCACAUUUCCUUUUGAACAGCAAUCAACUAUAUUAGACAGUGUGAAAUCAAUUGCCAAAGUACAAAUAGAUGACCAAAAGGCAUUUGAUCUUCAAUUGGAAUUCAGACAGAAAAACCUGGCAGAACUCAAGGAUCAAAUUAUAGUUUCACUGGGUUCAAAUAAUGGAAAUCAAAACUGGCAAAAGUUACUUGAUUACACAAAUAAGUUGGAUGAAUUGAGCAACACCAAAAUUUCCCCUGAAGAAUUUAUUAAGGAGAUUCAAGAGGUAUUGUACAAGGUCAAAUUGGAAUCUACAUCAACAUCCAAGCUUUACAGUCAAUUUACUCUAUCAGUUCAAGAUUUUGCACUUCAAAUCAUUCAUUCAAAAUACAAGUCAAAUCAAAUAAGUCAAAAUGAUCUUUUGAAGUUGAUCACGGAGGAUGAGAUGCUAAAAAUUCUAGCAAAGACCAAGGUUCUCACCUACAAGAUGAAAUACAGCUAA